AUGGCCAACAACAACUGCGAAGAAUUCUCUGAGAAGAGAAACUCCUCUUCCACCACAGAAUCCUUAGAGGGUUCUUCAGUAUCGUCAUCAACGUCAUCAUCAGCAUCAGCUACACCGGCGCCUUCAAUACACCCCGAGAGAGCAGAUGGUCCCGAUUUAUUGAUUGAUAUUCCAGUGGCUCUGCUGGACCAGAUUGAUUUGGGGGCUUCGGGCGGUGAAUCGGCCUUACCAACGCUCCAGAGAAGCAGGACAAAUCCCUCGGGAGCUGCAGCGAUCAGGAUUAAGCAACCGUUUUUGUCCCCGUUCAAGGGCGAAUCUAGCAAAGAAAGAUUCUCAAAGCACCGGAAGAGGAGAUCAAGUCUACCUACAUUCCCGGUCAAAGCCUUUACCUCUGAGAAGCAAUCGCAGCCCCCAUCCCCCAGCGAACGAGACGCCCUCUACGACCACCUUCGCAACUAUUCUCUGGCUAGCUCUGUAAACUCGCCCUUCAACGAUCCAUUUUCUGGUGAUGAGAUCAGUCCCGUUGAGCCCGCCGUACACAAAGGCCCACACACACAUCCAUAUGGUAUUAUGCCAGCGGGAAGGCCUCUCAAACACUCACCUAGCUCGGCAUCCCGAUUCCGCAGAUCCAGUGUCCACGGAAUGUGGGAAAAAGCGAAAUCAAAGAAGGCAAAACUCGAGCGAGGGAAAUGGAGUAUGAUCGCCUUUGAAUACAGCUGCUACGCUUUCCUUGCGUUAUGCAUCUACUUCAUCCUCAUCGGACGGCCAUUGUGGCAGGGUCUAACCUGGUACAUGUGGCUCGUUGUGUCACGAAAGUUUGCCCUGACCGCUGGUGUCGCGAUCUUUGUGGGAAUUGCCGUCUUCUACGCCUUCGCCCCGCUGCUAAUCUUCUUUGAAGAUAAUGUUGACGACGUUGAGACGCGCGAUGUGUCCGAGACUGCCCUCAUUAUUCCAUGCUACAAGGCGGCGACUAUAAUCGAGGCAACGCUCGUGGCGGCUAAGAAAGUGUUUCCUGCUCGACAGAUUUUUGUCAUUGCGAAUGGGAACAGCCCCACGCCUUUGGACGAGACGGAGGAUAUCUGCAAGGUGCAUGGUGUCAACCAUAUUUGGGUCCCUGUGGGUUCAAAGAUUGUCGCCCAGUUCGCCGGCUGCUAUGUGGCAAAAUCGUUCAAAUACGUUCUUCUCAUCGACGACGACUGCGCCCUCCCCCCGGAUUUUCCUGUUGUCACCCACCGCAUGACAGAUGCUGUCAAAUGUAUUGGUUACACCAUCAAGUCGGUCGGCCCAGAUUCCUCUCGCGGGACGAUUGUUCAACAGGCCCAGGACCUUGAGUACAAGUUGAGCGGCAUCCAACGUGAGUUCGCCGGCAAGAUGGGCAGUGCAACAUUCCCACAUGGCGCUAUUAGCAUCUGGGAUCGCGAGUUCUUGGCAGAGGCGUUCAAGUACCAUCCCGGUUUCUCUGUGUCGGAGGAUUGGUUCCUGGGGCACGUGGCGAGGCUGCGCGGGUCACGGAUCUUGAUGUGUUCGCAAGUGUUUAUCGAGACAGAGACGCCGACAAACGUUUUUGUUGCGACGGGGUCACGUGGAGGCUUCGGGGAGAUGACAGUGUGGAAGCAGAGGUUCCAUCGGUGGAACUUCUUCUUCGUCAGCGGCAUCUGGUACGAUAUGAAAUACAUCAUCUGCAGCUGGAAGCUGGGGUGGUGGGAGUUUGGUGCAAAGGUCUUUGUCUGGCAGGAGGUGUAUGAAACGUUACUGUACCUGUUAACGCCGUUCAUCCUACCGAUAUCGUUCAUGGUGCGGCCGUGGUUUGCGCUGUGGACCUUUAUCGGUGUGAUUGGAUUGUAUGCAGUGCAUGCGGCAAUCUUCAACGUGAUUCAUCUGAGGAGAAAGAAGAAGAUGGUUCCAUGGAUGGCGGUGCUGUACUGUGUCCCCUACAAGUUGAUUCUGACAUUCAUCAACGUCACUUCAUGCUAUUGGGCGAUCUUCAAAUACGCACAAUACUUUGCCAAGCCCCAUCCCAAGGUCAUCGAGGACGAAAAGUCUGUCGAAGUGGUGAUGCGGAUCUCUGAAUCUCAGAUCUUUGGCGGUAGCGUGUACGGAAGCCCCUACUCGCAGAGCUGGAACGAGAAGUCGGAUGCCUACUCGAUCGACAGCGAGCGUAUAUACUCGCCAGCGCCAGUCUUGAAGGAGCCAGUAUCACCCUUCCGGGAUCCUAAAUAUUAA